UCAAACGCUUACUUCCGGUGCAAUAUUGUCGCUAUCAAAUUUAUUUAUUCACUGUUUAUUAUUAAUGAUAGUUGUUUUUAUUUUAAAAAAUCUUAUUAGUUUAUUGUUACAACUGUUUCUCUACCAUAUCGUGAGAGGAGGCAAGACUAGAAACAGGUGGGAGCUGGAGUCGCUGCUGUCAGGCGAGUAUUCCAUGGACCCUGAGGAGGGGCCACGAGGUCAAGAAGCCGCCUCCACAUCGUACGGGGCCAGCCCCAGGAACGGUCCCAAGCUGAGGCUAGGCAGGCGUUUUAGUAGCGAUGAGGAGCUGCUGGACACCAUAACCAGCAAGGAUCCCGUUCUGGAAAGAGCCGAGCAGUUCACUAAUGUCAACAUGGCAUCUGAAAGAUUUCAAAGUUCGUCCACCAUCAUGGACACGUUGGAGGACCUGCCUCCUGGCAUUGGUCAGUACGACGACUUCCACACAAUUGACUGGUUGAGGGACGUGGCGCGGGACCGCACACGGCAUCGCCAAGUGGUCAAGAAAAAACAAAACGGGUGCCUGGAGUACAUUAAGGGGGCGCAUGACGCAUGGUCUGGAUGGAUGUGCGUACUGCUAGUGGGAAUAAUAGCAGGUUGUCUGGCUGGUGUGAUUGACAUUGGUGCAUCCUGGCUCUCUGAUAUCAAGGAGGGCAUUUGCAUGGAUGCCUUCUGGCUGAACAGAGAGCAAUGCUGCUGGUCUUCUAACGAUACACAUCUCAGUGGGGAUCAUUGCAAGCAGUGGUACUCCUGGGCAGAUAUGAUGGGUGUGAAGUCUAACGGUGGGGACUAUAUCGUCAAGUAUAUCUUCUACAUGCUCUGGGGUUGUGCAUUUGCCCUCACAGCAGCUAUGUUCGUUCGUGUGUUUGCACCGUAUGCCUGUGGAUCUGGUGUUCCAGAGAUCAAGACCAUCCUGAGUGGUUUCAUCAUCCGUGGGUACCUGGGCAAGUGGACGCUGCUGACCAAGUCAGUGGGCAUGAUGCUAUCCACGGCCGCAGGGCUCAGUCUCGGCAAGGAGGGGCCCUACGUGCACGUCGUGUGCUGCAUAGGAAACAUCAUCUCAUACUUCUUCCCUAAGUACAGCAAGAAUGAGGCCAAAAAAAGAGAGGUGCUGUCUGCGGCCUCAGCAGCAGGGGUCAGUGUGGCAUUCGGGGCACCCAUAGGAGGUGUACUCUUCAGUUUGGAGGAGGUGAGUUAUUACUUCCCCUUAAAAACUCUAUGGCGCUCCUUCUUCUGUGCACUGGCUGCAGCGUUUGUGCUGCGCUCCAUCAACCCAUUUGGCACGGACCACCUGGUGAUGUUCUACAUAGAGUACAAUGAACCCUGGUAUCUACAGGAGCUUGUACCAUUCGUGCUGAUAGGGGCUCUAGGGGGUUUAUUAGGAAGUCUUUUUAUCAAAUUCAAUAUCAAAUGGUGCAGAUAUAGGAAAACAUCUGCUCUUGGAAAAUAUCCAAUUAUAGAGGUUUUAGUCAUUACGUUUGUGACCACAUUGCUGAGUUUUCCCAACCCGUACACUCGAAUGAACUCAAGUGAGUUGAUCCGUCAGCUGGUGAGUCGUUGUGGACCUGAAGACAACAGUGAUCUGUGUGGUUACCAGCGUAACUUUACGGAUCCGCAGGCAUACAUGUCGAGUGCGUAUGUGGGUGAGGGGGUGAGGCGCGCCCUCUGGCAACUCUUCUUAGCCCUGGUGUUCAAGGCAGUCAUCACUGUGUUCACGUUUGGCAUGAAGGUUCCAGCAGGGCUGUUCAUUCCCAGCAUGGCAGUGGGCGCCAUUAUGGGCAGAAUGAUAGGCAUCGGCAUGGAGCAGCUUGUACUAGCCAAUAAAGACAGUGCAAUUUUCAAGAACAUGUGCCAGGGAGGCUGUAUGGUCACCCCAGGCCUGUAUGCUAUGGUGGGGGCGGCCGCUACCCUGGGGGGAGUCACCAGAAUGACAGUGUCGCUGGUGGUGAUCAUGUUUGAGCUGACAGGGGGUCUACAGUACAUUGUGCCUCUCAUGCUGGCAGUCAUGGCUAGCAAGUGGGUUGGAGACGCACUAUGUAAACAGGGAAUCUAUGAUGCGCACAUCCGUCUGAAUGGCUACCCAUUCCUGGACAACAAGGAAGAGUUCACACACACCACCAUUGCAGCAGACGUCAUGAGACCAAGAUGUUGGCGCUAUGGUAUGGAAGUGCGAAAUGAUCCUCCGUUAAGUGUGAUCACCCAGGAUACUAUGACUCUGGAACAAAUAGAGAUGCUACUCAAGGAUACGGAGCAUAAUGGUUUUCCCGUGGUUGUGUCCAUGGACUCGCAGUAUCUUGUUGGCUUCGUCACACGCAGAGACCUAAAGCUGGCCAUAGCCAAUGGGCGUAAGAACGUGGAAGGCGUGGUGAGUGACUCUAUUGUGUACUUCGCUAACCAGAUUCCAAGCAAUAUGGUGGGACCAGCUCCUCUGAAGCUGAGGAAAAUACUGGAUCUGGCCCCAGUUACCAUCACUGACCAGACCCCCAUGGAGACGGUGGUGGAGAUGUUCAGGAAACUGGGACUGAGGCAGACCCUGGUCACUGUCAAUGGACGAUUGCUUGGCGUCAUUACUAAGAAAGAUGUUCUGCGCCACAUAGUACAACUCCAAAACCAGGAUCCAGACUCCAUCUUGUUUAACUGAAGAUGUAUCAGUAGUCAUGGUGACAGUGACCUUGUGUCCUUGACCUGUACAAUUGUUGGUGUUCCUCUGUACUAUAAUGUUGAUGUUCUUUAGCAACUAGAUUUUACACUUUUCAAUCUAGUCCUUCAAAAAAGGUCACACAUGAAAAUGUCUAGAUUCUCAUUAAGUAAACAUAUUAGAUUUUUAAAAAUUGUCUAAUUUAAACAUUAUAUAUUUAGAUGCUAGUAUUUGUUGCAAAGUCAAAUAUUAAUUUUUAGAUACUGGCAUGCUAAAAAUAUUUAUUUGUAAGUUUCAGAUUUAUUGUUUGCUUUCAUGUUCUACAGAAGUAUGUGUCACUGUUUUUAAUAGUACAAACUUGUCAGUGUUGUGAUGUGAAACUUUGUGUUCAAAGCUCCACAUUCUGUCUCCAUUAUUUAGGUUUGCCAGCAUUUAUAUUGUUGAACAUGUGUUUAAUCAGGACAUUGUUGUUAUUUUGCAUAUUCAAAUAUACUUCCAGCAUUCCAUAUCUUAUUAAUUACCUUUUUAACCAGGUUUUCCGAAGGAAAAAACUAGUUAUUAGAUUGGCGAAUGCGGGCGGGCUGGCUGGCUGGCUGGCUGGCUGGCUGGCGGGCUGGCAGGCAGGGGGAACAAGCUUGUCCGGGCCAUAACUAUGUCGUUCAUUGUCAGAUUUUAAAAUCAUUUGGUACAUUUGUUCACCAUCAUUGGACGGUGUGUUGCGCGAAAUAAUUACGUCGAUAUCUCCACGGUCAAGGUCACACUUUGAGUUCAAAGGUCAAAAAUGGCCAUAAAUGAGCUUGUCCUGGCCAUAACUAUGUCAUUCAUUGUGAGAUUUUAAAAUCAUUUGGCACAUUUGUUCACCAUCAUGGGACAGUGUGUCGCAUGAAAGAAUCACGUCAAUAUCUCCAAUGUCAAGGUCGCCACGACUAAAAAUAGAUUUUUUUUAAAAACAAACUUACAAAGGGGGUUAAUUUUGUUUGUUCAUUUCAAAAGUUCAGUUUGAGUUUUCUCCCUUUAUCAGAUUUUUUUUUACAAUGAAAACCUGGUUUUGUGACAAUUUUGUCCCUUGUUAUCUUGUUGAACUUGUUCCUGGAAUCAAAUGGGCUUAAUAGAUUUACAUCAAACACUUACCUACACUGCUCACACUGAAAUAGCAAGUGUGGUGUUACCUACACCUGAAAUCUUUGGUAUUUGCAAACAAUAAGUUAAUUUUAAAAUGGACCAGUUAUUGGGAAAGAUUUAGAAUUUUUUAAUCUGUUCUCAUGCAACAUGAAUAUCCAUUAAUGUAUUACCACUCACUUACUUUUGGUUAUCAAGUUGUCUUUUUUUACGUUAUUUCAAAGCUGAGAAUAUUGUUCAGAAAUGCUAUACAUUCAGUUUCACAAUUGCAAGCAAACUUUUAAAUUGUAAGCAUGAUUGCCUUUAUGUUUUGAGCCAGAUUGAAUAGGCUAAUACAAGUUAUGACUCAAUCACUGCUCAUAUAUUUACACAUGUUUUAUUCAUCAUAUGAUAAUGCCUGCCACGGUAACUGAAGAUCUGAUGGUGCAAAAAUAGAUAACCAUGAGGCAUGUAAUGCAAAUGGGAGUGUAUUCUUUUGUUGUGUCGCCGUGUCAUUGAGUAUAUUUAAAUAUUCAUAUAUGCCUGGAUUUAAACAUGGUGUUUUCAUUAUCGGGGACAUAAUGUUUUAUGCUACUUUUGAAACUGUUAAAUAUGUUUCAAUAGCUAAAGCUUGAAAUUAUAUGUUUUUUAAAUAUUGUAAAGAAGACAAUAAUUGUACCUGUUUUAUAUUCAAAUCUGAAGAUAUCAAAGGAUGAAGUAAAAUCAUUAGUUAUAUAUGAGGAUAAAAAAUGAAUACAAAAUAUUGUAUUAAAUCACUUGUGCAUAUUGUGCAAUUUUUUAAACUGACACCUUUGUAUCUUUAUACAUUUUAAAAAUGUACUGUUAAAUAUUCAAGUACUUGUAUAUCAGCUUUGUGGCUAUUCCCCUAGCACAGUGGUUGGUACACUCACUUCUCACCUAGGCGACUCUGGUUCAAUUCCUGAUUCCAGCAGCAUGUGAAUUUUGUUGGUUGAAACCUUAUUUCACAGGUGGGGUAUCAUUGGGUAGUCUGGUUUCACCCCACAAAAAACCACCUCAGAAUUGAAAGUUCUUUCAGUAACAAUGAAAUGGCUGGAAAUUGCAGCUAUAAAUCAAAAUUCGUCCCAACUUUGGUGAAUCUAGAAAGUUAAUUACUAAGGAGUGCUAGGGCACACUCAGGGCCAAACAUAACGAAGCAUCUGGCUCCGAUAGGACCUCAUACACUUCGAAAUACACACACAUAACAGCUAUGUGAUCAGACUGGGCAAUAAACAUGUUCAAGCAUGUUUUACAGGUGAUGCUAGGAUACAAAAGAAGUUUACUUAAGGUAGAAUGUAACAUCCAUUUGUGUUUAAUAUUUUUUGUUUAUUUAUAAGACCAUAAUGGAAUUAAGAAGCAUUUUACAAUCAUUAUUGUUCACCUGUUUAUUUGUAUUUAUAACGCAAUCAGUGAUUUUAAUUUGGAUGUUUAUGUGAGCAAACAUAUGAGCUGUGCUUUGGGUAAACCAGGCUCAAUGCAUAUGCAUAUGUUGAACAAGAUUUGCCUUCGCAGUCUGCAGAAACUAAUAAGGGACAACACUUUCAGCUUUCACUUAAUUUUUUUUAUGAAGUAUUUUCUAAAUGAAAAUCCAGUCUAGGCAGAAAUUGUCGUCCCCGAUUAGCCUUCGUGGACUGCACAUGCUAAUCUGAAACGACAGUUUAUGCAGAUGUAUUUAGCCCAGAUUUUCCUGAGCGUGGCUCGUAUAGUGUACAUGUAUAAGGCUAUGGCUGACCCUCAGCCCAGUAUCGUGCAAUUUACAUAAGCCAUUCAAGUUAUUAGUCAGUCAAGAUCAAUCAUGUUACAAGUCAGAUGUAAAACUUUGCUGAUGUAUUAAUAUAGAUAGGUUUCUGCAUGAAACUGUUGUAUUGAAUAUUUAAAUGUUGAACAAAUUACCACUCAAAUCACACCUUACUAGAAGUAAUAAUUAUGCCGAAUAUUGAAAUAUAUGUCUAUGGUUUUGGUAAAUUUAGUGAAAAUAUGAGGCUUGUUUGAUUUUUUAUUUGUUUUUAGCUCACUUGAGCACAACGUGCUCAUGGUGAGCUUUUGUGAUCGCCUUUUGUCCGUCAUCCGUUGUCCGUUUUGCGUCGUGCGUUGUCCGUUGUCCGUUGUGCGAUGUCAACAUUUGCCCUUGUUCACUCUCUAGAGACCACAUUUAUUGUCCAAUCUUCAUGAAAUUUGGUCAGAAGAUUGGUUUCCUGUGUAGUUAAGUUUGGUUUUAUUAUGUCAAUAUUAUGUGAAAUUAACUGUAUUAUGUGAUUUUUCAUAACACAGAAUUUUCAUAGUUAACAUAACUGGUUUAGUCACUAACACUUAUGAUAAGCCUUUCAACUAAGAGAUAACUGAAAGAAAGACAACAUGUACAUGAUUUUGCAGUAUUUAUGCAGUAUUUAUCUCCCUUGUUUAACCUGGUUCAGUAAUCUAUUUUUAGUUCUGCUCUGGAAUUUGGGAGGAUAUUGAUCAUUGAUAAAUGCACUGUUCUGAGGGACAAUUGACUACUCUGCCAUUGAUCUCUUCUGAACUGUAUAAAAUAAGCUGUUUUGGCUGAUUAAAACACCUCUUGAUGCUUUCUUGAAAAGUUAACAGCUCUUGAAAAAGGUUGGAAUUUUGAAAUAAUUAAACUCUAAAUUAUUUUUAACACCAGCAUCAAGACAUUUUGGCAUUAGUUUCUAAAUUAUUCAUUUUAUUUAGAUUUUUUUUUAUUUGGAAUUUUCUAAAUUAGAUAACUCUAUUUUAUUUCAAUAACUUAAGUAAAUUUUUCUUAUUUUUACAUUUGAUUCACUGAAGUUUCCUAAUCUCCAUAAAUAUUGUUCUUUAGAUUAAAUUAGACCUAUUUUGUAAACUAGAUUUUUGAAGCACUUUCUAGACUAACAGUAACUGAUAUUUAUAUCAGUUUUUUUGACAGAUUUUGAAGUUCUUUUUACAUUCAUUAAGGUAUUUGCUGUAUGUUGUUCAUUUUUGUAACGAUACUUUGAUUCUUUAGACUUGGCUUGUACCUGUUCUUAAUUUUCUGUCAUUGUUCUUUAUUUUCCAAGUUCUUGGAAUAAAAAUUAGUUAUUUUUGUUAAAGCUGCCUUGGUUUUCACUUAUAAAUAAAAAAUUUGAGUGUAUUUAGGUGUCCCCGACUGAUCGCCUUUAGUUAAUUUGAAUUACAACCAGUCAGUAUAGGUAUCCUGAGUUUGUCAAAUAAAUAUUUCCGCAUUACAUAAGUGCUCACAAAGUUACAUAACUUGUAACUGCCCUCUUCAUUUGUGUAAGCGAAGGAGACCGCACUACCACACCUGGAUAGGACAGUUGAGUUCUAUAAUGGUUUGGAUCGGUGAAAAAACAUGACCGCAAGGGGGGGGGUCUUUUUCCUUAUAUUUAUAUAGUAAAAAAGAUUGUGAACACUCUAGAAGUCACAUGUUUUGCCUAAUCCUCAUGAAAUUUUGUAAAAACAUUGUUUAUGUGGAUGUCCCCGACGAGUUUGAAAAUGGUCAUGAUCAGUGAAAAAACAUGCUGCCAGGGAGAGGGGCAGUUUUCUUUAUAUGUAUAUAGUGACAACAUGUGAACAGUCUAGAAGACACAUUGUUUUCCCAAUCUUCAUGAAAUUUGGACAUAUCUUGGAAGAGUUAAAAAAUGGUUCAGGUCUGUUAAAAAAAACAUGGCCGCCAAAGGGCCAUUUGUUGUUCAUUCUUCAUGAUACUUGGUUAGAACAUUUGUUCCAUUGAUAUCUUGGGCUGCAAAGAACAGGUCAUUUCUUUUUAUCUCAGGUGAGCGACUUUGGGCCUUUCAGGCCCUCUUGUUUAUUAUUACUUAUGGUAGAUGAUCACCUAUUUUAUAUACCGGUAGUUAUAAUAUACUCAAAUUUGUGUCAUUCCAGUUCUUAGUUAUAUUAUAUUUAUUUUUGUACAUUAUGUCUCUUUGGUGUGGAAGCUUAUGUUAUCAUUUCCGUAAAUCUCAUUAAAGUUUCCUCUGUUCUGCGUUCUAUUCCACAUUAUUAUGGCAGAAAUUUGUGUCAGAUUAUAUAUUGUCAUGGUAAGGAUAAUUAUUGCUAUUACUUUUUAUUAUGUAUUUUUAUUGCAUUUUGUAAAGAUUUUGAUGUAAACAUGGUUUAUAAUGUUAUUCACAUUAUUAAUGUGAUUGUUACAAACAUUACCACGAACAUCAAUAUUUUCAACUAAAGAUUUGUUUAUAAUAUCUUUAAUUGUUUAAAAUAUCCUAAUUGUAAAAUGAUUUUCUUAGACAGUCUAAUUGAAGACAAACAGCACAUGUAUGAUGACAUUGUAAGCCUUGAUGAAACCCAAUAGUGUAGCAUUGUAAAAACUGGAUGAAUUGAUUGGUAAAUAAUAAAAGGCAUUGUAGAGAACUUAGAAUAUAUUUGUUUUGGAAAAAUACAUUAUUUAUUUGAUUUUACUACAAUUUCUGUGAUAGCUUUUAGAUGUUCUUUAUUGGUGUAUUUUCUAUGCGUUAUUCUACUUCAGAAACUUAGAAUAAAUGAUUGUGACAUGUUGUUACACUGUUAAUUUGUGUUUGUGUACAUUAGUCCAAACGCAGUUAAAAACUGAAAUAUCUUUGAUGAUAUGUUGGUAUUGUUGUGUGCUUAAAAUGAUCCCAAUUUGCAUGUAUGUGUUUGGUAUUUGCUGUUUUAAAAGAAUAUCAUAUCACCUUAUAUGUUCAGUUAUUUAUUAGUUAUAAUACUCAUUUUUAGUCGAAGAAAAAUAAACAAGUGCAAAAGUAAUUGCGAAAGAAAGUAGAAAUAACAAUGAAUAAUAUAUUAGGUUUGUUAUGAGUAAACAAGGCAGAAUGCUGUUAUCAAUCACAAUCUGGCCUACCCAUCUACAGGGGAUCUAGCCUGUAUACCCACCACUCGCCAUAUAUAUACAUUUUUAUGUGCACGUUUAAAAAAACCGGGAUGUAUUAUAGUUUCACCUUGGCGGCGAGCGGGCGGCGUCCACAGCAGUGUCCGCUCUCUAAUUCAAAUAGUUUUCAUCUGAUCUUCACCAAACUUGGUCAGAAAUUUUAUCUAGACAAUAUCUAGGUCAAGUUCGAAUAUGGGUUAUGCCGGGUCAAAAACUAGGUCACAGGGUUACUUAGUGCAUUUCAAGCAUUAAGCAUGGUGUCCACUCUCUCAUUGAAGUAGUUUUUAUCCGAUCUUCACCAAACUUGGUCAGAAGUUGUAUCUAGACAAUAUCUAGGUCAUGUUCGAAAAUGGGUCAAGCCAGGUCAAAAACUAAGUCACGGGGUCACUUAGUGCAUUUCAAGCAUUUAGCAUGGUGUCCGCUCUGUAAUAGAAGUAGUUUUCAUCCGAUAAUCACCAUACUUGGUCAGAAGUUGUAUCUAGACAAUAUCUAGGUUAAGUUUAAAUAUGAGUCAUGCAGGGUCAAAAACUAGGUCACAGGGUCACUUAGUGCAUUUCAAGCAUUUAGCAUGGUGUCCGCUCUCUAAAUGAAGUAGUUUUCAUCCAAUCUUCACCAAAUUUGGUCAGAAGUUGUGUCUAGACAAUAUCUAGGUUAAGUUCAAAUAUGGGUCAUGCCGGGUCAAAAACUAGAACACGAGGUCACUUAGUGCAUUUCAAGCAUUUAGCAUGGUGUUCGCUCUCUAAUUGAAGUAGUUUAUAUUCUGAUCUUCACCAAAUUUGGUCAGAAGUUGUGUCUAGAUGAUAUGUAGGUCAAGUUCAAAUAUGGGUCAUGGUAAAGUUAUCAAGUUGUCCAAAACCUUCAAACGGGCAUAUCUUGUGACAGUUUGGCACUCUUGUAAUAGGUUAUGUACUAGUGCUGAGUGCUGUAGAUCAUACCAUUGCUUGAAAAAAGAACUAAAGAUGACAAUACCUGUACAUAGUAGGUAAAAAAGAACCAUAAAAGAUACUGGUUAAAUUGUUUGUUUAAUGGCAAUUUUCUAACUUUUUAGUCUUUAAGGAAAACUUAUCUAGGACAAUGAUGAUAUACUGUAUGAUUAUUCUUUUGCAAUACUGUAAACAGUGUAUGAUUUAAAUAGAUAUUUUGAGAUUGAUUUGGCGAGUUUAUCCUGGGUGUGCAUGUGCCAGUAUGUGUGAGUUUUGUUGUUUCCGGUGCAUGCCAAAACAUGCAUAAUGCAUAUAUACUACCGGUACUCAAAAUUUGCUAAGGAUCAGUUGUUAGAGUAUGUGUAAUUUAAGUUCACCCCUAGCUAGAUUCAGCCAGCGUCACGCAUCAAUGAUAAAUCAAUACAUAAAAAAUAAAAUCAAAAAUACAUUCUAAUAUCAAAACCUGCAAAAUCACAAUAUAAAAUGGACCUAAUCCAAAAUUGAUGAUAAUGUGAAAUAAACAGUGAUCCUUAGCAAAUUUUGAGUAGUAAUCAUAUUGUUUAUUCAUUAUUUUACAAUGUUAUCUUAAUAUAUAGCAUUUACCAAAUCCCAUAUUGUCUUAUUUAUUAAUGACUGGAAAGUGAUUGUACUCACAGUAUUCAGAUGCACUGUAAUAUUGCUUAAUGACAAUUUGGUCUAACUAUAAACAGUGUUACUUGGAUUUACUAUUGUUACCAAUACAUUUGUUGUAAACGUGUUCAUGCUGACUGUAUUUUUUUGUUUUAUUGUUUUGGCAAAUUAUAUAAUCAGAUAGUUUUUAUUCAAAUAUAGUGUGUCAAAACAAAAUACUGCUGUUGUAUUCAUGUUGUGUUAGGUUAUUCCGUGGAUGGAGUCAUUAAAGAAAUGCAGAAGCACAAUAUUGUCUCUUAAA